AUCAUUUGAUUGAGAAAUUAUGGAGCUCUUUUGAAGUUGAAGGGUAUUGGGGUUUUAAAUGUAAAGAAAAGCUUAGAAGGCUCAAGCAACACCUAAAGAAAUGGAAUAAGGAGGUGUUCGGAGAAAAAAGAAUAUGCUUCAUGGGGUUAACAAUCAAAGCUCUUGGAUUGAUGAUCCUAUCCAGGUGAAACAGAUUGUUUACGAUCACUUUAAAAGCCAAUAUUCAUCACAGUCUACCCAACAAGUACAACCAUCUUUUGACCAUUUGCAGUUUUGUCGAUUAUCAGAAGAGGAUAGAAUAUUGCUGGAAGUUGAGUUUACGGAUGAUGAAAUUAGAGAAGCAGUCUCCUCAUGUGCAAGUGACAAAGCCCCAGGACCCGAUGGAUUUAACUUUCACUUCAUCAAGUUGGCAUGGGGUACAAUAAGGGCUGAUAUAAUCAACUUCAUCAAAGAAUUCCACCAAAAUGCAAGACUGGUCAAGGGAAUUAAUUCCUUAUAUAUCACACUUGUGCCUAAGAAGAAAAACCCCACUUCCUUGAAGGAGUUCAAGCCAAUAUGUACCAUUGGGUCUAUUUACAAAAUCUUGGCUAAGGUGCUUGCUAACAGACUUAAGAAGGUAAUUGCUAAGAUUAUUAGUGCUAGUCAAUCUGCUUUUAUUAAGGGUAGACAACUUGUUGAUUGCUCUUUUGCUCUUAAUGAGAUUAUACAUGACUUGAAAAUUAAAAGGAGGAAGGGCAUUAUAUUCAAGGCUGAUUUUGAAAAAGCAUUUGAUUCUGUGGGUUGGGGAUAUCUUGAUAAAAUGCUUUCCUUUUUGGGUUUUGGUGAGAAAUGGCGAAGCUGGAUUAACGAGUGCUUAAGGUCUGCUUCCAUCUCAAUUCUUGUCAACGGUAGCCCAACCGAGGAAUUCAAUAUGCAGAGAGGUUUGAGACAGGGAAACCCCCUUUCUCCCUAUUUAUUCCUUAUUGUGGCUGAAGGUUUUCAUGCUCUUCUCCUUGAAGCAGAAAAAAAAGAUGUCUUUAAGGGAGUGGUGAUUGAUGAUAAAACUUCUAUUUCUCACCUCCAGUUUGCUGAUGACACUGCUCUAAUUUGUGAGGCCUCUAUCAAUUCCAUCUUGGCCAUCAACAUGGCUGCCUCUGCCUUAAACUGCAAAGCUGGGAAAACUCCCUUCAUUUACCUGGGGCUCCCUGUUGGAGGAAAUCCUCACCGUCAUUCUUUUUGGAAGCUAACGAUUGAAAAGUUCCGAUCAAAAUUGGCAUCUUGGAAAGGAAAGCUUCUUUCAAUCGGUGGUCGCAUCACUCUUCUCAUGUUGGUACUUUCUGCUCUACCUCUAUUCUACUUCUCUAUCUUUAAAGUUCCAAAAGGCAUCUUAAAAGAGCUCAUUAGAAUACAAAAGAACUUCUUAUGGGGGAACUCAGAUGAGUCUAAGAAGAUUGCAUGGGUAAACUGGGAAAGGCUCACUCUUAGCGAGAACUUAUUGGUGGCUGACCUAAAACCAACCAAGGGUGAGGGAUGGAUUCUCCAAUGGCGCAGACCCCCUUUUGGAAGAGAACUAGAUGAGCUUCAAAUCUUGGAAGAUAUCCUGCAAAAUGCCCUCGAUCUGCUUACUCAACUUUGCUCAUUGCCAGUCCCUCAAGAUGUUAAAGAUUGUUGGGUCCUCUCCAUAUUUACUACUGCUUGGGCCAUCUGGUAUUUUAGAAACGGAAUUGCUUUCAAUAAAGUUGAAUGGGAUGAGGACAAUUUAAUCGAGCUAGUAAAGACCAAAACAUUUGCUUGGAUAAAAGGUACGUACAUAUACAGCAUCCACAUGCACAACUUUCCGGGGCAGGCAGGUCUCUGCAUCGUUGCUGCGCAUAAUUAAUCACUUUUGGCAUUUUUGUGACCAUCAUUGAACUGAAGCUGUAAAGGUGAUCACGAGCCUCCACAGCUUUCCAUGUCUCGUACCACACCCAAAACCACACAAGAAAUGUUUUUCUUGCAUAUUUCUCUAAAGUUAAAUUUGAUUAGAAAGCUCAGAUUGUAAGGUAGUAACUUCUUUGCCUAAUAAGAUUUAAAUGUGAUA